UGGGUCUCCUCCUCCUGAGAGGAGCACUCAAAAACUCACGGUCUGCAGGGUACGCGUGACUGCGAGGGGCGACGAGGGGAGGCCGCCUCACUCUUUCCGGACUCGGGAACCCGGCGGGACCAGGUCUCCGCGCACCGCGAGGCAGGGAGGAGCGCCGUGUGCCCUGCGUAAGUGCGCGGCUCCGCAGGGGUCACUGGUCCCCGGACGCACGGAGCGCAAGGAGGGCGGUCUCAGAAGCCUUCAGCACCGAAGAGGAAGAAAGCCCGGUGGGAAGGCAGUGCCUACUUAAUCUGGGAACCAUAACAACCUAUCGUGAUGGUGGCCAUAUUUUCCAAAUGAAACCUCAGGUCUAGACAGAAUGGUUGGUGCCAUGUGGAAGGCGCUUGCUUUGCUGGCCCUGGUGGUGCUCAGCCCUGGUGGUGAUGGGCUGUUUCACUCCUUAUACAGAAAAGCCCAUGUUUCCACACCACUUAAAGGAGAUCCAGGACAGCCAUUAUUCCUAACUCCUUAUAUUGAAGCUGGGAAGUUUGCAGAAGGUAGACGGUUGAGCUCGGUGGCUCCUUUCCCAGGAUGGAAUUUGACGAGUUAUUCUGGCUACAUCACUGUGAAUAAGACUUACAACAGCAACCUUUUCUUCUGGUUCUUUCCAGCUCAGAUAGAGCCAUGGAAUGCUCCAGUCGUCCUCUGGCUGCAGGGCGGGCCGGGAGGCUCAUCCAUGUUUGGACUCUUUGUGGAACACGGACCUUAUAUUGUCACAAGAAACAUGACCGUGCGUGCCAGAGACUUUCCUUGGACCACUACAUUUUCCAUGCUCUACGUUGAUAAUCCAGUGGGCACAGGCUUCAGUUUUACUGAACAUCUCCAGGGAUACGCAGUGGAUGAGGAUGACGUAGCACGAGACUUAUACAGUGCACUUACUCAGUUUUUCCAGUUGUUCUCUGACUAUAAAGACAAUGACUUUUAUGCCACUGGGGAGUCUUACGCGGGGAAAUACGUGCCAGCCAUCGCCCACUACAUCCACAUGCUCAACCCCGUGAUGAUCGUGAAGAUCAACCUGAAGGGAAUUGCUCUUGGAGACGCGUAUUCUGAUCCCGAGUCAAUCAUACCGGGCUAUGCACCAUUCCUGUUCCAAAUUGGCUUGUUGGAUGAGAAGCAGAGAAAGUACUUCCAGAAGCAGUGCGAUGAGUGCGUGAAAUACAUCCAGGAGGAGAAGUGGUCUCAGGCCUUUGAAUUACUGGAUAAACUACUAGGUGGUGACUUAAUAAGCGAGCCUUCCUACUUCCAGAAUGUUACAGGAUGUUCUAAUUACUACAACCUUUUACAGUGCACGGUACCUGAGGACCAAAGUUACUACAGGAAAUUUUUGUCCCUCCCACAAGUGAGACAAGCCAUCCACGUGGGAAACCAGACUUUUAGUGAUGGAUCCAAAGUUGAAAAGUACUUGCGAGAAGAUACAGUAAAGUCAGUGAAACCAUGGUUAACUGAAAUCAUGAAUAAUUAUAAGGUUCUAAUCUACAACGGCCAACUGGACAUCAUCGUGGCCGCUCCCCUGACAGAGCGCUCCUUGAUGGCCAUGAACUGGAAAGGAUCCCAGGAUUAUAAGAAGGCAGAAAGAAAAGUUUGGAAGAUCCUUAAAUCUGAUCCUGAAGUGGCUGGUUAUGUACGGCAAGUGGAUAGCUUCUAUCAGGUAAUUGUUCGAGGUGGAGGCCACAUUUUGCCCUAUGAUCAGCCUUUGAGAUCUUUUGACAUGAUUAAUCGAUUCAUUUUUGAAAGAGGAUGGGAUCCUUAUUGAUGGAUCAGCUACUUUCCUAAAAGAGAAUGUCAGGGAUUUUAAUCUUUGAAAAGAAAAUUUUCGAAACAGAAAAUGUCACAUAAAUAAGAAAAUUAUCUUUUUAAAUCUGCAAAAUGUUUCUCAUCAAUAAAAAUUAUCCUUGAAACAAGUGAGGUUCUGUUUUGGAGGAUCACUACAAAAUUAACUGUAAGAAGAUGCUGUGCAUGAGUGAGAAUUACAUCUUUUAACUUAAAGGAUGGAAAGGAUGGAUUCUGAGACACCGAUUCAGAUGGAAAUGGAUAAAUAAAUGGGAUGCUGGGGCCUUGAAAAGGAAUUUUAAAUUCCUUCUAAAAUGUGAAAAGUGCAGUAAAUGAAUAAAGGUGUAACUACAUCUUGUUCUAUAAAUAACAGAAAAGUUUAUCAUACCAUGCAUCUGAAGGUGUUUGGUAAAUAUCAGGUAAGAACAUCUGACUUAUCAUUCCAAAGGAAUGGGUGACCUUAUAAUAGUGGUGAGGAAGAGACUUUGGAAUGUAGAAAGUCUUAGCAAGAAAGGUAGCUUG